GGCGGAAGGGGCGGGACCUGGGGGUGGGCGGGCCCGUGCGCGGCGUGCGUGUGCUCGUUGGCUGCAGGGAGGAGCCGCACGCGUGGGAGCCGGCCGUGGUGUCGUCAGCCGCCUCACGAUGGUCACCGCUCCCUCCCACCCCGUCACCCUGUCACAGCCGCGGCGGGCCCUUCCGGGCGCCCCGGGUGUCCGUUGGGUCUGUCAGCACGCACUCCCCGGAGCGCGUCGCGGCAGGCAGGAAGAGCACAUUUCAAAUCUUUGGGAAAGAAGUGUGCCUCAUAGAUUAUUCGAUGUAUCCCGUCCCCAGCGCUGUUCGAGAGCCCAUCUGCUGUGAGUGCCAGGCCAGGUUCGGGGGCUGCCUGCCCGUGCCCAGGGUCAAGGCUGCCCUGCCUUACUGGGUCCCUUUGUCCCUGAGACCCCGAAAGCAGGUGGUGAAAAGGCAGCAGAGUUUUAAAGGCAUGCAAGAAUCCCCGCUGGACUUGCGCUCCCGGUACCACCGCUGGCGGGUCUGCUGUGAUGGGAGCCUCUUCCUCAAGUGGCGGCAGCUCCAGGCCCUUCACCACCAGGAGCCACCGGCCCCGGGGAGGGGAGAGAGCCCCCCGGCCCCCAUCCUGCCCCUCGGCCUCAGCCUCCUCACCCUGCUGCAGGCCGUCGUGAGGGUCGUGGUGGCCAUUCGGCUCUUCCAUCACACCUGUGUACAUCCGUGCAGGUGCCCACACACGUGUGAAUAGAAGAUCUGCAAAGCUGUGGCAGCAUGUCAGUGUGUGCAGUUCAAACCUACAUAUGUU